AUGGUCGCCAAGUUCUAUGACCCUCUCUACCACGACCAUGACGAUGGCAACCCUUUUCGGGCAGCUGACUAUGAUUACUCGCACGAGUGUGCCUCUUAUAAGCGCUUGUCCGAGCUAGGGGGUUCUGUUCUUCCCCGAUUCAUCGGCUCUUACACAUUCAAAACAAAGAUCGGUGGUUCUCCUCGCCAAAUUCGUUUGAUUUUGAUUGAACGAGUCAAUGGUCUGCCCAUGAGUCGCCUAGAGCCCAAUAUAUUCUCAACAGAGAAGCAUUGGAUCGACUGGCCGUGGCAGAAAUGGCUUGAGGUUCAAUACAAGGAGACUGAAUCUGCGAUCACAGAUGAGCAACGGCAGAGGUGGCCAGUGUAUGACUGGAUGCUGGAGAUUACAUCAUUCUCAUGA